GCAAGGAGAAGAUAACAGGGCGAUUACAAAGGCUCUUGAAAUCAAGGAGGGGUCAACAAUAUUCAGCAUAGCAUCUGCAGGUUACAACCCUUCAAUGCUGCUUCUAGACAACCCAGCCAAGGUUGUCAUGGUUGAUAUCAACCCGACCCAGAUUGCCUGGUGCAUGCUUUACUUCAGUGCCAUCAAGAAUCUUACGUAUGAAGAGUUUCGAGGAUUAGUUGGUUUUGGAGAAGGUGCUACCACCUCCCCUGAUGAAAGAGGAAGAAUUUACGACAGUCUGAGAGGUUCACUGCCGAGUAAAGCAUUAGCCUACUGGGACUUCCAUCGGGACACCAUGAGCAAGUCAGGAAUGUACUUAUUUGGGAACAGCAUUCGCCUCUGGGGUUUAGAAAGAUUUGCUCCUAUAGCUCAUAGCCAGGAAACUUUGGACAAGUUUUUAAGUAUUUCAGAUAUCGACCAGCAGCGUGUUUUCUAUGAGGAACAAUGGGAUUCAUGGCGUUGGAGAAGAGCCUUCAUUUUAGCACAUCUGAACAUUUCGCCAGCUAUCUAUUACCCAUACUGGGAUUUUCUUCCAAAACUUUCACAAUUGUGGCUGAAGCGCUUCCAAGAAGUCUGUUGGCAUGUUCCUAAUAUGGAUAAUCCUCAUAUUGAGAUAAACUUAACUGCCAAAAUCUCGGGACAAUACUGUUUACCAGAUUUUUGGAAACAAGAGAAUUACAUCCCAAUACGUGAGCGUCUUGAUAGGUUUGAGCUCAUCCAUGCUGAUGGAAAUGAAUACUUUGAACAUACAACUGAAAAGUUUGAUGGCUUUGUUCUAUCAAACGUAGGAGAUGCCUAUAACAAAGAAGAUCAUGAUAAAUGGGUUACAAGAGCCAUAAAGCGUGGAAAGCCUGGAAGUAGGCUUACAUACCUCUCUGUUGCAGGAACGGACAAGGGCUGGCCUGGUGCUGAAAAGGACAGCAUUUGUGUUGAGCAAGAGCUGUCUGAUAGCCUCAUGAUACAAGGAAUAGAACGGGGUUUUCUCUGGGACAAUUUCCAUAUUGCAACAGUAAAAUAAUUACAAUUAGCAAGCUUAAUUACAAUUAGCAAGCAGAAAUAUCUAUUGAAACUACAUUUUAAAAGAUGUAUCCAACUAAUGAAAAUGGAGGUACUUUAUAUAUACAUACAGUGAACAUAUCUCGCUUGUGAACACCUGUCUCAAGUAGACACCCUGUAUAAAUUACCCUCUCUGUAGUGAACACUUACCUUCUUGGGAAAACAAUGUUCAAUAUAAACAUGUUUUACUGUAAUACAAUUCUUAAAAGUCCUGUGAAAGGAAACAUUUAAACAGGUAUAAAUUUCUUUAUUAAACAUAAAUACUUCAUAUUUGCUUGGUAAAGGGUAAUUACUUUGUAAUUUUUAAUUACAAAAUAUACAACAAUAUUAAAUCUUUAUUUUGAAAAAAUGUUCCCAAUUAAUUUCAUCAGUAAAACCAAAACAAUGUUUUUUGGUUUAUGUUUUAAUCCUUG